AUGGAUGUGAGGACAAUUGCAGCCAAGUAUGGCGGAUUACCAAUGCGAUUAAUAUCUCGAGCAGAAGAGAAUUGGCGAUUGACAAGUGCGAAAAAAUCGGCAGGUCUAGAUCCGUUUGCUGGUCCUGUCGCGUGUAUCAUAGUUGCAGCACGCGCGAUGGAAGAACCUGUAGACAAGAAGCGAUUGGCAAAAUGCGCUGGUGCUAAUACAAGACUAAUAGAACCCAUGGUGCGCAAGGUGCUGGACGCAGUGGGCGUUCGCACUGUGGUGAAGAUUUCACCUUCUGCAUUGUGUAUCAAAUUUGGCUGUGAGGCGCUCACGGAAAUCGUACAUCGUGUUUUGGAUGAGUAUCGUGUAUACCUGGCGCAGAUGGCAGCGGCAAAUCGUAGAAAGAGACGUAAGCACUCAGUUAGUGUUUUAGCGUCUACAAUGAAUGAGAAUGAUCCAGUAUUCGCAGCCGCGUGUUUGUAUGCUGUUAGUAAACAGGCUAAGAUAAAUGUAAAUCAGGAGAGAUUGCUUGAAGCUGUAUGCGGUGAUUCCAAGGCGUUUGAUGCGAUCGUAUCCUCCGUCGAGACCCAAUGCCAAAUGUCUCUGAGUGGUGCUAUCCUAGAUCGAAAGAAACUUCGGAGCUUUGAAGUGAAGAGAGCAGCUAAAAAGCUAAGAGAGCAGUAUCGUAUCGAACAGCUGGAGGAUGAGGAGCGACGAAGGACAAGUCCUGAAGUCAAUAUGGCUUCGUCGCAUUUGACGCUGGUGCAGCAGCAUCGUUUACAAUCUCUGCACACAUCGCGAGGAAACAAAGUAAUCGUAAAAAGCCUCGAGUCGUCCGAAAAUACAGCAACAGCAGCUACACCUGAAGAAUACGCUGAGUGGAGAGCUAUGGCGCUAGAAUUUAUGCGCAGCAAGAAACAAAAGGAGUUGGCGAAAAGCAGCGACUCUUAA